CGAGGGCGACGACAAGAUGGCGGCACCCAGCUUGGUGCGCGGGGCGUUCAGGCGGCUGUUCGCCGGGCUCUGGGGGAGCGGCUGGGUUUCACCACCGGCCAGAACCCUCCGGGAGGUCGUGGAAGUGACUGAAGGCAACACGACCAUAAUUGAAGGGAAAAUUAUAGAGGAUGUUGAAACACCAACGCCUCCUAACCCCUCUGGCCAGUGUCCUAUCUGUCGCUGGAACCUGAAGCAUAAGUACGAUUAUGUGGAUGUCUUGCUCUUGAGCCAGUUCAUCCGUUCUGAUGGAGGGAUGCUGCCACGAAGGAUCACAGGCCUCUGUUUGGAGGAGCACAAGAAGAUUGCCGCCUGUGUGCAGAUGGCACACCGCGCAGGUUUGCUGCCAAACCACAGGCCUCUACUUCCUGAAGGGCAUGUUCCCAGGAAACCCAAGUUGAACAGGUAUCUGACUCGCUGGUCCGUCAGAUCUGCAAAGCCCAUCUGGAAGAGGGGCCCUAAGUGGUGCAGAGUUCCCAUGCCGGUUGGAAACCUUCUUCUGAAGGAUAAUGUCAAAUAUAUAUACAAGCCGCUUUAUUACAACCACUAGAUUCCUGAACUGGCACAGUCAAUGAGCACAGCUGUUUUACACUGUUCUGUUUUUUUGUUUGCAAGUUUGCUGGUAUUUCCAAAUUCAAAAACUCUCAUUAGUGCUCUGUAUUGUCUCUGGUGAAUAAGCUGCGAUGUUCCUCAAGGAAAACAGGAUUCAGCAAAGCAGAAUUCAACGUUCAGAAUGAUUUUGGAGAAAGCAGGGGGCCAAGAUUUUACCUCAAAGGCAGGAAGGCUUCUUUGUCACUGUAGUCUACUGCUGGGCUUGGAAAGGUGGUUUCCUUCUUUCCCAGAAAUAAAUGGUAAUUCCCCUUUAA